GACAAAUUUUAUUGGUUUCAAAUGUUGAAUUCGGUCAAACAAUAUAUUCGUUCUUGUACACAAUGUGCUCAAUUCAAUGUACAACGACGAAAGAAGCCUGGAUUAUUACAAAAAGAGCCACCACCCGAGGGUGUGUUUGAAUUAAUGCAGAUGGAUUUUUGGAAGGCACCCAUUCAAUCGUCUGAUGGGAAUCAAUAUGUAUUAAUCAUUACUGAUAGAUUAUCUAAAUAUGUUUUUGCCCGGGCAUUAUCAUCAGAAAAUGCCAAAGCUGCUGCUGAGAUGCUAUUUGAAGAUAUUAUAUUGAAGCAUGGUGCAAUUCGAUGUAUACAAUCCGAUCAAGGUUCUCAUUUCAGAAAUGAACUAUUGUCGGCAAUAACACAAUUAACUGGCUGUAAACAAAUAUUUUCGAUUCCAUACCAUCCUAUGUCGAAUGGCCAAGUGGAAAGAUUUAAUUCAACCUUUUGUGAUCAACUCAAGAAAUAUUAUCAUGAUAACAUCAAUGAUUGGGAUAUUUAUUUGCAAUCUAUUGUUUGGGCAUAUAAUUCGAGUAUUCAUUCUAUAACUGGUUUCAUCCCAUAUGAAUUAGCAUUCAAUCGUCGAUUAAUAUCGCCGUUUGAAUUUCCAUCAUCAAAAAUUACGAUGUUAAAACCAAACGAUUAUUGGGAAAAAGCAAACAAAUUCAAGCAAGUUGCCAUUCAUGCGGCUCAAGUCAACAUUGAACAACAGCAACAAUUGAGUAAGCUACGAUACGACAAAGGACGAACCCAUCCAACAUACACAUUAGAUGACAUGGUAUGGAUUAAAGUAUUAUCGGGUCGCUCGAAAUUGGAUCCUCGAUAUCAUGGUCCAUUCCGCAUUAUAAAGAGAAUUACUGACGUCAAGUAUAUUGUUGAACACGCACAAGACCAUUAUCAAAAAGAAGAACAUGUCAAUAAUUUUAUUCCAUUUUACGAACGAAUUUAA